AUGGCGCAAGCUAAUGAAGAUGAUCAGACCCAUGUUUUACAGUUCAAUUACGAUGAUGAAGACGGCUGCGCGCUUACUGCUCUCGUCAACGAUGUUCGCUUUCAUGUCCUUGUUGCUGUAAAGGACCUCCAAAAGUCGCGCGACAAGCCUCUAUACUACGAGUACUUGGACAAGCUGUACGCAUGGCGCGAUGCUGAGCGACGGGAAGAAGAAGAGGCUGAGAGACAGCAAAUUGCUGGCAAGGAGGAGAAAAAGGGGCAGUCCAAUGACAAGGACAGCGCCAUCGAUGUCACGACCGAUGAAGACUCAGAUGAGGACCAAGAUUCCGUCAGUGCCGCAGUCGAACUUCGCAAUUGGAUACUUGCAGCUUUCUCGGAUGUCAUAUUGGAAUGGGCACCACCCAAUCGCGAACCCAUCGACUCGACACUGUACGAAUGGUACCAUGGACCAACAUAUUUCUACAGCCUACAGAUCAAAGGAGGUAAACUAGAGCCAGAGCUCCUCGAAACAACGGACGAGCUGAAUGCGCGGAUCGAGGAACUAGUUCCUAGACUGAAGAUGCCGAAGUAUAUCCAAGCGAUCGACCUUCCCUGGUUCAAUGCCAACGACCUCACUGUCCGAUCCGAAGUCUCCCUUCCGGAGCCCGCACAUCCCGGUAUUGUCGUCAACCAAGAGGGCAAAGAAUACUUCUUCAAGCCCGUUGUGCCCGAGCAACCCGGUCCCAUAAAGCGCGAAAUCAGCAUCUUGCAGAAACUAGGCCAACAAGACCUCGACAUCAAAAUUCCUAAAUUGCUCGGCUUCGUGUCCUUUGAAAACAGUAAGACUGACAUUAUGGGGUUCUUACUUACUCCUAUCGCAUCUCCACGCCCAUUGACCACGUUACUCAAAUCAUCAGUCCCUCGCUCCCAGCGCGCAGACUGGGCGACCAAGUCCGAGAAAUAUGUCAAUACUUUGCACGAACACAACAUUAUCUGGGGCGAUGCGAAGGCGGACAACUUCAUAGUCGAUGAGCACGACGAGCUCUGGAUUAUCGAUUUUGGAGGCAGUUUUACGGAAGGCUGGGUGGAUCCGGAAAACAGCGAGACCGUGGAGGGAGACGAACAGGGUUUAGAGAAGGUGAUAAGGGCUUUGGAAGAUCCGGAUGGUCAGACGUGUGAUCCGGGAGAGACCGCUAGUAGUUUGUUUGUAACGGAACGGCCGUCGACAAAGUUUGAAGGAGAAGGGAGUAGCAAGCGGAGGAGAGAGUCUGAGGAGGACGUGGAGAAGGGCACCAAGAGAAGGAAAGCGGGUGAUGAUGUUACAGAUGGAAGUGAGGACGAGUUCACACCCGAGUAA